CGACAACUUCCGCCAACCUUCCAUCUUCGAACAUUAAAUUGCCCAAUUUUCAAGGCCAAUGGUGCGAUUUUAAACGAGAACGUUUGUAAUAUAGCACACUACUUUCACCAUCGCUGUUUGGUUUUGGGACAGGCGGCAACAUACCGAAACCUAUCCAGUUCAAGCUUGAUGAUGAAUGGAAAAUGUAAUGUUAUGAUUUGUCUGCAUUUAAUCGAUGUUGUGGGUUAAAAAUUUCACUGAAAGGAACUUAAUUUGCUUUCCAUCCUAACUGGAUGCAUUUUUCAAAGAAUAUAAUGUUUCCUAUUGUUUCCAAUUAGAUCUUGUUGAAGUUUUCAUACAACAGAUGUACACACGUGCACACACACACUCGCACAUUUUGAAAUUUGCUUGACGUUCAAUGCAAAUAUAAACAAACAUUAUCGCCAGUGGAAGAAGGAACAACAAUCUUUCAGUAGAAACAUGUUAAUAACAUUUCCUAUGUACGUUACAUUGUGGAAUACAAGAAACGAAUAAAAUCUCGAAAUAGUGAGCACCAUUUAUAUACAUUACUUCAAUAGUCCUAGAUCAUUCCACACACCAACAAAGUUGCGCAAAUCUAACCAUGAACUAAAGUGUCAAAAAGAAGAAGAAUAAGAAAAGGAAUAACACUGACUCAACAAUAGUGAUAUCAGCUGUUUCCAAUCCGAAAGCCUAGAACGCGUUCCCAUUGCGAUCGCGAUCUCAAACUAGUCCGGCACAUCGUAUGCACUACAAGUGAAGUGAAGUGAAUUAUGUGUGCAAUCGUUUAGCAAGAUGGAAAAUUUUAACGAAUACUGGGAGCUGUUCAUUGAUAAGAAGGAUUCAAUUGCAAAGGAAAUAAUAGCGUACUACAAAACUCUUGACGAUCAUGAAGAUGGAACCGAGCUGUCCGAUCAAUGUCGUAAAUUCUUUCGGAAAAACAUGAUCCAAAAUCCAUACCCAACGUGCCAACUGUUAAAGCUUCUGGCUAUGUCGAAAAUAUCGAGCAAAAACAGCAUCAUCUACGAGAUCGCAACGGCAGCCGUGUUGGAAGCUUUUGAGCAGAAAGAUCAGCAAAUCGAUCGGAACAAAUGCUACAACAUUCUUGCAAAUAGUUUGCUGUCAAUUAAAGCAACGAACAGCAUAAAAAUGUGCGUUUUGAAGGCGCUGGAGAAGAAAACCGUAGAUCUUGAGAUGUUAAUGCUCGCGAUUUUUUCAAGGAAAAGUGUCAAAUUCAUAGUUCAUCUGCUUCCCGAAUUGGUGGCGCCGCUGCAACAGCAACAGGCAUGGGAUGCAUUCGAUGGGAAGCGGCACUUUUUCAAUGCAAUGCUACAAAACAACGGCGCGCUUCCAUGCUCUGCGCUUCACGCAAACUACAUACGGUUCAUUGAACAGGUUUGGCUGGCAAAUAGUGAUGUGGGUACAUGUUCAUCCGCUGUAGAACAGAUGACACCGCUGCCCAUCGAUAAAUCGUACCUUACUGCCUAUCUGCUAGAAAUGCAACGCUGCUACCAGAUACAGAAAGUUCUGCAUUUCGACCAGGCUCUACUACCACCGAAGGAUCUUUCCCAACAUGCGACGGUGAUGAGUAUGAUGCUGCGUGCCAAAGUGGAUCUUAAUGAGGCCGAUUUUGCAAAGCUGCUUGCUGUGAUAAGAACGAAUCGGGCACUAAACGAACAGAUAAUGGGCCUGACGGUUGAAGCUUCUGCAGUGGAAAGUUCUGAAGUGAUGGCGCUGUUGCAAAUGCAAUCCAUAUUCAUGCUGUACAAAGCAAUAAACUCAGCCGCUGCGUCACCGGAAAGUGCCCUUAUCGCUACAAACAAUCUCGACACACAGCUAAAGUAUCUGCUCAAAGAAAUGGACAUGGAAACGUUCAUGCAAACGGUAGAAUCCAUCUUCACGAUGCUAUUUGUGCGUGGGGAACUGGUUUCCACCGAACCAAAUGCGACAGAACGGAAGCAUUUUCUGUGCAGCGUCCCACUGCUUGCAACAUUAACGUCUAGCUUGAAGUCGAUCUUGAUAGCUAGGAAACAUUCGGCCACCUAUCAUGAUACGAGCGAAAUGCUUAAGCAACGCUUUCAAACUCUCUUCGAUCUUGUCACCGACGUUUGCUGGCGCUUAUCACUGUUUGACGAGCAUGCUGCGUCUCCCGAAGCGACCCCACCUGACCCGGAAUGCGUUCGUAUGCUUCAGCUUAUCGAUAUGCCACCGGUACCGACAUCGCUGACACACAUUUCCGAAACCUACUGUGAAUCAUCUUCGUCUGGCAGUGCAAAAUUGUUCCGCAGCGUUGAAUCGAUCGCUGCCAUGGAUGUUGCCAACGGUCAACGGCAUCGAUACGGAUACUAUGGAACGUUGCCGAAGCAUAAAUCUUCUCGCCGACAGACACGCCAUCCCCUAACGGCAACCGCCGUAUCGAGCAAUUCGGGAGGUAGCAAUAAGGAUCUUCAACGUCAAGGAUCACUAUCGGUUGAUACGAAAACCGAAUCGAUCGCGUAUGGUCGUACCGCAGCGGAUGGCGAACUUGCCGGGGGCAGCACGCGCAGCAUUUUAUGGCACAAAACAAACUUCACGAAGCUGUUUGCAACGCCCGAAACGCUCGCUGUCGUUUGCCUUACCAAUAGCAAGAUGAGCUUUGCGAAACAAAUUAUCGAAACGCACAACCUGCAAGAUCAACCCGUGGGGAAACUCGUGGAGCGAAUUGAACAGAUGCAAACGCUCAAGAACGAUUUGGCGAUGUUAAUCAAAAAGAACGAACAGAAGCAAGAGAUGGCACUGGGUUUUGGUGGAACACAAUCGAGCGACAGCAAUAGCGAUGUGCUGUUGGACGAUAUACGACACAAAACGGCAAUGGGUUUUGAAAUAUCAAAAGUAUUAAGCACGCUCGAAACGUUUCUAAAGUCGCAACCAAUUGGCACGGAGGAUGUUCUCGCACCGAUGGAUCGAUUCGUAUCCCGGUACCCUUUCCUCGGUAUUCUAACCGGGAAAAAUUUACAACUUAGCCAAAUCGUAGACAUUAUCGUUAAUUUACCCUUUAACUACGAGCUGAAUCUCGCCAUCUACAACUUUUUGUUAAAAAACUCCCACCACAUGACGCACAUGGCCUCGAGUAUGAUGUCCAGCAGCAUUGCGGGUCAUGGUGGCGAAACGUCACAAUGGAUUGGUAAUUACGUUUCCUUUUUUGGGACGAUCAUGGACACGCUCCAGAUCUCCCACAAGACAGCACGGGCUAGAUUAAGUUCGGCAGACUUCAAGCUUACCAUUAAUGAGUUACUAUCGCGAGAAGUGUGCCCGCUGGACACGGUGGAAAAUGGAAUUGUGCUGAAGAGACGGGCACGGUUUUACCGCAUGAUUGAGCGUUGUGACGAGCUGGAAGAUGCGCAUAAUCUGAACCGAACUUUUGCACUGCUCACGGAAAGUGGUUCUGCAUCGUUGGCCAAAGUUAAGCUGUACAUGGAACAUUUGACAAAGUUACUGCAAUCGCUGCUAUCCAGCACAAGGCAAGACACCGAAACUGAUAAUCUCAAUCUUACCGAAGUAAAUCAUCUUAUUCAAACAGACGUACAGAAGCUAAUGUUGGAGCGAUUGGCCGAAAAGCGUGUAUCAUUUGCCGCCCUGGACACACUCGGCAGUAUGUUGGGAAUCAAUCUCGUGCAAACGAUAGGGAAAAGGAUUCUUGAACCAAAAGAUGAACCUGCUGAAAUGUUUCACACUAUUGACGGCUUAUGGGAAUUUAUUGCAAGCAAAAGCGAGCUCUUGUGCCAACUAUGCAAGGUUGAAGCUGACUGCUUUAAGCCAGUUAACAGUUCUCAGUCACUGAUCGUUAAUUACAGCGAACUGAUCCGGGCUGCUGGCGAUCUGAACUAUUUACCAAACGGAUGUAGCUGCAUUCGCACUUCUAGCUCAGUUGUUUCACAAACCAAACUGUUCCCGUUGGACGCUUACCGUCCUUGCUGUAUGCUACAGCAAAAGAAUGGAAAAUACUACACCCAGGUAGAAUCUGUUAUGCUUGCGGCGAAUGCUUCAAUGGAACAGAAGGCACUCGCUUUGCUCGCGAACGUCGAUGAGUUUGCGGUGGCAAACGAAUGGAUAAGCGCAUCCGAGCAUCUGUUGGCAGCAAUUCCGAAAAACCUCGAGCCUCAGGAACAGCCCGGAAUAAUGCCCGCAACGCGCCAACAGCUGCAACAGAAGGCAAACGAACUUCGAACGUAUCUCCAGAUCGGUACCAUUCUGCAACUUUCGACUAAUGAUAAUGACCCAACCCAAGCUGAUGGUGAUGGGUGGCGAAAGGCGCAACAAUUUUCCACCGAAAAUAAAAGCACCGUCCUGCAUCAACUGAUCGAGCAGGGCGAGUAUCGGGUGUGUGCCGAAUGGAUCAAGUUGCACCCGAUCGAUGCAGAAGCGGAGUUGGAAAUGUUCAUCUACGCCGUCCAUAAAGUGUCGACAGCGUCCACGCUAGUGAUGAUCCCAACCGACCCACAGGACAGUGACGUACCGAUAGUGUGGCUGUUUCGUAUCAUCGAAACAAUGCCCAUUGAAGCGGUGGUCAAGUUGUACGAAACGAUCAUGCUCAACAUUAGGAGCGUUGCAGUGGUUCGUUACAUGCUGGAGUACUUGCAGCGUUACACCACGACGAAACCGCUGUACCAAAAGUAUCAGCUGUCGCUGAAAAUCUUUGAACACUUGGCGCGCGAAGAGUACGAUGGGCUGUGGAAUCUGGCCAGCCGCCCGUUACUGAUCAUCGAACAGUGUUUGAUGAACUCGCGGCUAGAGUUGCUGGCAGCGGUAAUGCGAUCGAUCCGAGGACUGCUCGUGACGGAUGUUUGUGCACGCUGUUACGAGCACAGGGAGUACAUACGCGAUCUGCACGAUGCUGUACAGGGUGGUCCAGAGGAGCAACCGCACACGGCGGGUGUGCGCCGUUAUCCCGUUCACGAUGGGCUGUUCAUCAGCCACGAAUGUGUCGACUGUCUGUUGCGCGUGUAUGCCGGGAAAGCGUUGGAGUAUAAGGUGUUCCCGGAUGCGAUUUCCUCUUCAGGCGCGUACGCCGACGAUCCGGCACACACGCUGGGUGCAGUAAGCCGUGUGUCGAGCUACGAUUCACUCAGCGAAGUCGAUCAACCGUUCGUAAUGCCGAAAGAAAUACCAACGCGCGAUCGUUGGGUAAAGGAUGAAGAGGCCCUGCACUGUAUGUGUUGCCGCAGGACGUUUUCGAUGCUGAACCGUCGACAUCAUUGCCGCCGGUGUGGGCGCGUUGUGUGUCACUCGUGCUCGAAGAAAAAACUACGUUUGCAAAGCUUUUACGAGGACGUUGCUGUGCGAGUGUGUGACGAUUGCUGGCAGAAUCUGGCGGGAACACAGGCGAAAGACGCGCAGUUGGAAAUGGGAACAGCGGUACCGAGUGGAACACAGUCCCGUACGUCCGACCAGUCCGGUAGCCAGUUCGAGUGGCAACUGACCGGUAACGAGCGGUACGAUAAUGUGAUCCGGGAUGAGUACAGCUACGAGUACGCACCGUCCACGAACCAAUGUUUGGCGAUCAGCAAUUUGCACACGGCAAACGAAGAGAUGGCCAGCUUCCUGCUUUACCACUGUGCCAAACUGGAAGCACUCUUGCGUCCGCUUCAUCCCGGCGUACCGAAUCCCGAGAUCGAUUACGCACUCGUCGCACGGAUGCUGCUAAACCUGACGCUCGGCGUGAAGGUGCGUGGUGGCGGCGCGGAAGUGGAAAAGAUGAAGGAACAUGCCGAAAUUAUACUGUCGAUCGUACACGACAACUGUGAGUCGCUGCUGCUACACACACCAUCGAUGACCAAUCAUGGAAGUUUGCGCAAGCUGCGCGAUGCACUGGUGAAGGCAGAGAAGUGGACGCUAGCGCUGGAACUGUCGCUCAAGUGUGGCUUCUCGCUGAACGGUGUAAUGGCCGCAUGGGGAAUGGCAUGCUUGCGUGCCGGUUGCUACGACACGGCAAGAGAAAAGUUUUCCCACUGUUUGCCGCGCGUUGCAACCGAAGCCGAAUGUGAAGCGGUGCUGCGUAUGAUCGAGAUGCCACCGGUGAUGAUCUACGCUAGCGCUACGAAAGUGCCGAUCGUAAAGCGUCCUACACGAUGUCCUCCACUGCUGAACGAAAUUCUGUACGCGCUAACGUACACAGCCCGGCUUGGGGCACCUUCCGAGCGUGUGACCGCGCGGGUAAAUGCGGCAAGACAGGCAACGGUUGGCAGUAUCGGAGGAUCACACGAACCGGCAUUAAACAUUCUCAGUACGCUUGCCAACUUGCGCCACAUCUGUCAGGGUGAGUUCGAUGGUGAUAUACCCGGACCGAAUGCUGAACGGCUGGCACGCAACGAUAGUGCGUCACUCAUGUGCAGCCGAUUGUUUGAGGAAGCAAUGCACUACCUGCUGGCGUACGGAUCGCACCAAAGUGUGGUACAGUUUCUGAUGCGCUACCAGCAAACGGAAGUGGCAUCGCUCCGCUACAUACUGGCGCAGCGUGUCGAUCCGGAUGUGUUUCUGCACGCGAUUCUGCUGCCCUAUCUGCAACGUGGCGAGCUGGAAACGGUUGUGCAGCGGUUGUCCGACAUCGACGAUACGCUGCUCGAGUGGCGCGAACACAUACGGUACGCGUGUCGCUAUCUCGAGACGAACGACAUGCUGAACAGCUUGUACAGCUUGCAGCUACUGCUGAAGGAUCCCAUACGGGCAAGCAUGACCUGCGUGCGCUUCUACACGAUGGGCUGCCGUACGUUUACCGAUUUGCACGCAUCCGAACAUCAUCUAAAGACGAGUGUUUCCCAUCUGCAGAACGAACUGGAACUAUGUAACUGGCAAGAGGUGCGCCUUAACAGCACCAUCGAUACGCACCAUUCGCUGCUGAUGAAGCUGGACCCGAAAGAGUUGAACAAUCACAUCAACACUAUACUGCUGCAGCUCGAUGUCACCAAAUUUUUAGCCACAUGUGAAGCUAAAGGACGCCAAACGGUCACACUGCUACCGAAGAUUUUUCGUGAAGCAUCCCAACUGCCAACACUGUUUGGUUCGAGCCACGAUAAGCUGCAGCUUGCCAUUUUAACCUUAGUUUGUGGUCAAAAUGUGGAAGAAGCCUUCGGUCUUUCCUACAGAAUCAUUCAAGACUACAAUCUCGACAUGCAGCGGGUGUAUGCGCUGACGGCGAAAUAUUUCAUCAACCAUAGCAAAAUUGAGGACGUCGGCAAACUGCUGGACGUGAUCGUCGACAAUGAAGGCAGCACGGGUGCAACCGAACCGACGGUAACAGUGAUCUGUGACGAGAUCGUGCGCGUCUCGGUGGACGUUGCGAUCACCCGGCACGGAACUGGCGUGCAUACGAAGGUUGCACUGGAGGCAUUGAUCAAUCGGGCAAGUUCGGUCGCGGUACGCAUACACUGUUACAUCGUGUCCGGUCAGCUGAAGGCCGCUUACUUGCUAGCGAACCGGCAUCAGCGCACGGGUGACAUACGGAAAAUUUUACGCCAAGCCGAAUUGCUCGGUCAGAUGCAUGUGAAGCGGCUGUGUGAGGCACGAUUGAAUCAUCCGGAAAACAGUGCGUCUUAAUGCGUAACCCCCUGGCAUCGUGAUAAGCAGGAAACAAGUGAUAUAUAAUACAUAUUAGAAGUAUAAUAAGGCACGAGAAGUAAACAAGCUAACAUUGUAACUCAUUAACACAAUACGGCAUGAAAGGUUAGUUUAAUUGUAUUAGGCAACCUUGGACAUACUCGUCGUCAUUGUGUGCAUUUCAAAUGUUCACAUUUUAUGAGAUCGAUCGAUCGACACCAACAUAAUAUAUAGUCAAAAUGGCGGAUGAACGAUCGCCGGUCAAAGCUAAAACUAUUACUUUUGGACAAGUAUUAAACUAUUUCGAAGUCUAUUUACCGUUUGUCUGUUAAACUGUUAUCAAAUGAGCUUAUCAUCGAUUGCACAACAAAGCAAAUCCAAUUAUAAAAAUGUCGUCCAUUAUAAUGUGGAAGAAAAAAUCAUACAAAAAAUAAAACCAAAAAUACAGAAACCAA